AUGGAGAGGAAUGAUAUCGUCGCACUUCGGUGUAAAUUUUUACGACAAAUGUGUACGCUGCGAAAAAAUAAAGACGAUCGUCCAGUGGUUUAUCUCGAUGAAACGUGGGUAAACCAAAACCAUUCACGCACCCUUAUUUGGCAAAAUGAAAAUAAUUCUGGUGGUCUGAAGGUGCCGACGGGUAAAGGAGGCCGACUUAUUGUAUGCCAUGCAGGAUGUAGUCGCUACGGGUUUAUAGAAGGGUCAAAAUUGGUAUUUCGAAGCAAUACCGGAAAUACCACGGAUUAUCAUAAUCAGAUGAAUGGUGAAGUAUUCAAAGAGUGGUUUAUUCAACUGCUUAAAAAUCUAGAAGAGCCAUCAGUUAUAGUCAUGGACAAUGCGCCUUACCAUUCAAUCCUCAGAGACAAAUAUCCGAAAAGUAAUUGGAGAAAAACCGAAGUACAACAAUGGUUAAAUGAAAAAAAUAUUGAGUUCCAUCCAUUGGAAACAUUACCUGAACUUCGGCAAAAAGUUAAAAACCUAUUGCCACGUGAAAAAAAAUAUGAGCUGGAUGACAUUGCAAUUGAAAUGGGUCAUGAGGUAAUCCGUCUUCCACCAUACCACUGUAAGUAUAACCCAAUUGAGUUAAUUUGGGCUCAAGUUAAGGGCCAAGUAGCGAAAUUUAACAAUACUUUUAAAAUGGUUGAUAUUGAGCGGUUAACACACGAGGCAUUAGAUGCAGUAACAAUAGACGACUGGACGAAAUGCGUUCGUCAUGCAGAAGAAAUUCAGGACGAGGACAACAAAAAUGAAAUAAUGAGGGACACCAUGAUAGAACCAAUAAUUAUGACAAUAUUACCAGAUGACAGUGACUGGAGUGAUGAUGAAGAAGAUAUUGACGAAGAAAACCACGGAUAA